GUUAAGAAAAAUGAAUAGAGAGGCGCAAGGCUGAGCCAUGGUAAAGAAGCGCGACGCCAUCCUGGAGGUGCUGGAGAACCUGACCCCAGAGGAGCUCAAGAAGUUCAAGAUGAAGCUGGGGACCGUGCCGCUGUGCGAGGGCUUUCAGCGCAUCCCGAGGGGAGUGCUCGGGCAGCUGGACAUCGUGGACCUCACCGACAAGCUGGUCGCCUUCUACCGCGAGGACCAGGCAACCAAGCUCGUCGUGACCGUGCUGCUCGACAUAGGCAUGCAGGAGGAGGCGGAGCGGCUGCAGCGGGCCGCGUGAGGGCCACUCCGAGCUGAUAAAGACGGACGAGUUUGGGAGUUCCAGGGCAUAAGCACAGGAUACGGGCCAAGGGGAGGAGCAGUGCAACGCUGGUAAAGCCAGCCCCGCGCGCGCACCAGUGUUGGAAAACAAUGGCAGAGUCUCAACCUCGGAGACCGAGGACGCCUCCGUGCCUCCAGAUCUCGCCUCCUCCAGCCCUAUACCUGGUGUUUAUUCUUCCACUGCCCAAUAAACAUUCAUGGAAGACUUUAAAAAAAAAAAAAAAAAUUGAAUAAAA